CAGAAAACAGUCAUAGAAAAAUGUAAAUCCCAUUGUUUGCACUGGCUUUGUUGAGGCAGAAGGACUGAAAUAUAGCAGCCUUGUUCAGUGGGAGGUGAUACCUUUAUUUAUUUUUCGAGAACAGCAAAGAAAGGCCCACAAUAGGAAAGCCCAAAGUGUAACAUCAAAUCCCCCAUCCAUGUACAAGUGGGUUAUUAUUUCUUUUAAAAAGAUAUCUUCAUGUUUCUCACGCCUUGUCCACACUUUGAUUCAGUGAUGCAUUUCUGGUUAGGUAAUUGUGUCAAACCACACCUCAGCUGCAGAUCCAUCACAGUUGUGCUGCUGAAAUUGGGCAUGUGGGCCUUUAUUCAUGUCUAUUAUGUGGUGAGCUGAGCCUGUGAUAAUAAAUCCUUGCAUCCUGCCGGGGUCGUGGACUGUCAGUCUGAGCGUAGGCCUCAGCAGGCCCCAGAAACAGAGGGUUGCUUGUACGACAUGACGUGCCAGUGGGGAAGAUCACAGAGGCAGCAGUUUGCCUGAGAAUGUGCCUUUGGUUUGUACACAAAGAAUUCUGUCACUCUGCAUCAGAGCUUGCCUGAUGGACAAACUGAACCGGUGUGUGUGUGUGGGAGAGAGUACACCUAUGUGAAACACGCCUCUGCAGAUGAACGCUCAUGCGUGCUGUGCAGCAGACGCCAGCAAGUCUGGGGUGCACUCGGGAGUGUGACUGUUUUCAGCAUCAUCCCUGUGCGUGUAUUAAUAGAGCCACAGCGAGGACCCAUCCCUGCCCCAUGACUGCAGGGCUCGCCUUUGUUCUUCUCCCGUAAUACUGACAUAAUUACAAGCCUUAAAGGUCCUCCUCACCUUGCUUUCUCUCUCUCUCUCUCUCUCUCUCUCUCCCUCUCUGACUCCUGCACCUCUUCUGCCCACACUUUGGCUCUAACGCUCAGGACUCAAUCCACGCUCACAGGAGAGCUGUACAUUUAUACCUGCAGGCCUCUGUGUCUUCACAGCUCUAUUUUUUAUCUUGCUGAUCCCUCAAAAAGUGACACAAAUGUGAAAACAUAUCGACUCCAACACAACACCUGCUCCCAAAGUAACACCAGUCACUUUUAGCCAACUCCAAAUGUGAUUUUACACCAGUAACACCAAAAAUGUUGCAGUAAAUUGCCAGUAAACUGCUAAUCUACACAGCCACAGCAUUGCAUUCUGCAGUGAUAUAAUUGCCCAAUGACAAUUUACAGCUGUGAGGCCUCACAAACUCGUUGCCCACAAUAUGAAGCUGGCUUCUCAGCAGCCUGGUCUUUUUUUUUGUUGUUGUUGUUUCUUUCAUUGUGACUGAAAUUUUACUAUGAUAAUAAUUUGUGGCUUUGUUCUGGCUGGCUGCUCGGCUGAGGCCUGUGGGCAAUCGGGAAGCAGUCCAGCCCCCAGCAGGCCUUUAAUGCUGCUGGAUUCCCAGUAGCUGCAGACAGGGUAAGACAUGACCAAAAUGACGGGGUUGGACAGCAGCUCAGCACCACGUUCAACCCACCAAACACUCUGUUUAUAAUUUCACUGCAGCUUGUACAGUGUGUGAUUUAUCCAAGAUGAGGGGGUGAAAUCAAACUGUGCUGCAGUGCAUGAUGACUCUAUCAGAUUUUGAAGGGCGAGAGCACUUUUCUCCACCUGUGGGUCGACUCUGCUGCUCCGGAGUGAGUCAGGGCCGGCUGGGGAAUGGAGACAGGGUCUCUCUGUGAGCCACAGUUUCCUCUCCCACACUGUGUCCACAUGCACCUUGUGAGCUUUUGCUGACUCGGCAGUUUCAACCACAAUUCUGUCCUCUUUUGGCAGCUUGUUUUUCUUAUUUUACGAACCCUGACAUUUAAGUUUGAAAUAAUGUGGGUGACUUGUGGGCUGGGUAUUUUUGUGUCACAUAAUAUUGAAGUCAAACAUCCUUUCAAAGUUUGUCAUUCUUUGUUCUGCGUGUUUUUUUUUCAUAUUCUGGUUACCAGAUCAUGAAAAAUAUUUAUGCAUGACGUUCAGUUUUUGUAGGCUAAUCACACAAAUAAUGUAAAAACUCAAAUUGAAGCAUUUAUCCAACUACAUUAUAUAAAUAUAAUAUCACUAAAUAUUUAUAUCUUUAUAUUCUGGCGCACUGGUGUAUAAUUUUAAUCAAGCUUACUGUACAUAAGCUCUCCUAUAAUGGAGCUAAUUCAUGUGUUGAAACUAGAAAUGAGGAGUUUUCAAUGAGCAGUAAAAUUUUGAUUUAUUCUAACAAACAGAAAAAUAAAAACUCUGAGCAGCCAUAAAGAAUAACCAACCUCCUUUUUGUAGAUGUUAGAAUUUACAGACUUGUAUGCUAGUUUUUACUUAAAUGCAUUUCCAUAAGUCCAGUUAGCUUCCAAAUUAAAGGAGCAAAAUUACAAAUAUCAGAGCAUGUAUGAGAUAACGCACUCUGUACUGUGCAUUAGCUUUACAUUAUUCACUGCCACGGCCGAAAAAAACUAUUAAUACACUCCUGAAAAGUAGAAAUUAACCUGUUUUUAUCUAUUCGACUCACUAAAGCAGCAAAUCCUCAACAGACGAGGCAAGCUGAAUUAUUAUUUUAUGACGUCGAUUUAAAGUAUUUGAGUAAGAAAGGAACGCAUAAACGUUAUAAACGAAACAACGCGAGAUCUCUUUUUUUAACACCAUAUAAGCUUCAUCUAAUUAUUCUAAGUGUUGCUUUGAAUGUAUUUGCUGCUAAAUUAGUCAUAAUUGUGUUUCUGUAAAAGAGCGCCAGCUAUAUUAUUUUGACCUAAUUAUCGAAUUUCGCCUCGUUUCACUGCAAAUAUAGAGAGAUAUAUUUCCAAAAGAAAGCUAAAUUAAUUCGGGCAGGUUUUUCAUUUGUUGUUUUUGUUGUUUGCAGCCCAAGAUGUAUCAUGUUUUCUGGGGAGUGUUUCUUUUGCAUAAGAGACUAGAAUAAACUCAACGCCCGGCCAAAUGAUAUUUAUUUCGGAGUCUAUGGAAGGAGGUGGCUCUUGGCCGCAGAGCUGCAUCCUGUAUCAUAUGUUAAUGAAGUUCAUGGUGGAGCUCCAGUGACAGCCGGCUGCUGAACACCAAUCAGAGAGCGCGCAGAUGGAAUGCAGUGUGUUUGAGGCUCUGCGCUCAGGAGGUGUUUGAAGAACCAUGUCAGCUCCUCCAGUGAUGUAAAGAAGGAUCCCUUUCGCUUUUAUUUGAUUUUGCCUCCCAAUCAGCUGUGAACAUGCUCACUGUGACUUACUACUGCGGGGACGUUUAUUUCAUCAACUUUUCAUUGGACCUAAGUGUGGAUUUGCUCCAGGUUUUCCUCGCUGUCCGACAGAACUCAUGAAACCCUCUUCAGAGCGACGGUUUAUGGACUCGUGCAUUAGCUAAUGAUGUCUGUGGGUUUCCUGCCUGACAGUCUGAAUGGAUCAGAUCCCUCCAAAUCGGCCUUCCUGGACUUUGGCCACGGACACCCCGCGCACCAGCAGCACUCUCCCGGACUCUCCCACAUUUACCCCGUUCAUGGCUUGCACGCUGCUGGGCAUUCCCAGCACGAAAGUCCUUUUCCUGGCAACACGUCGUAUGGCCGCUCUUUGGGCUACGCCUACCCAGGCACGGUGAACACUCAUCCCCCGUCUGCUUACAUGUCCUACCAGCACAGCAAUCACAGCAACAGCAGCAGUCUGGCCCACAGCAGAUUAGAGCAGACAGAUCGUGACAAAUCCACGGUGAUUGAAAACAGGGAUAUUCGCCUGAAUGGGAAGGGGAAGAAAAUCCGCAAGCCUCGGACCAUCUACUCCAGUCUGCAGCUGCAGGCUCUGCACCAGCGCUUCCAGCAGACCCAGUACCUGGCCUUACCGGAGCGCGCCGACCUGGCGGCCAAGCUGGGACUCACCCAGACUCAGGUGAAAAUAUGGUUUCAAAAUAAGCGCUCUAAAUAUAAAAAGAUCAUGAAGCAUGGCAGUGGAUCAGAGGGGGAACACAUCCACAGCACCAACUCCAUCUCCCCCUGCUCGCCCGCGCUGCCUCAGCUCUGGGAGGUCUCCAUGGCGAACAAAGGAGCUCCAAUGCACCCAAACAAUUACAUGAACAGUUUCGGCCAUUGGUACCCGAACCAUCACCCUCACCAGGACGCGAUGCCCAGGCCCCAGAUGAUGUGAGUGGAUUGGUGCCCAGGCUACAGCGAACUUCUCUCGAGGCCUCCUCGCAGAACUGAAAAGCCUUUAAAUGCGUGUUUAUUAUACUUUGUUCGCUGUAUUUCGUGUGAAUUCAUUUCCCCUGCAAAAUUCAAAAGCAGGCAUCCAAUAGUUUUAUUUUCUUGUUUGUUUUUAGAUUUGUUAUGUCAAAGUCACUGCAAGCUCUGUUGCACGGCUUCACAUCCCUGACAUGUGGACUUGUGUGUGCAGUUUAACGAGACACUCUGGAUAAAGGAACUUUUAAAAACAUA